UAGAAAUGCAUGGCGACGUCGUCUCGGAAGUCCGUCACCAUCUCUAAGCCUUUGCCUUCAAACAAACUCUAAACCUUAACGUCUCAUCGAUUUCCCCUCAUCUCCUGUCUCAGGCUAUGAUGUGAAAGCUUUUUUCAACCACGGAUGAUACCUAAUGUCUUCAACGGCCUUACUCUUAAUGAUUCAACCUCGUUUUUUUCCCCUCUUUUUGUCAUCGACGAUUACGCCCCUAUUUGGAUUUUUUCUUUAUUUCAGCGGGUUUUCAUGUGGAUUCUCAGCGACUUCAACUCAACUUGAUUUGUCGUAUACCCCCCUUUGUUUCUUCUUGUUUGAUUUAUGUGGGUUUUGUGGGCUUGAAGGACGUGUUGGGCUCGGCUCUGGGGGUGCAUGUUUUGUAUAUAGACUUCUUGCGUGGCUUAUAGAUUUGCUGUGUUUAGUGGCUGGCUUAAAUUAUUCUGGUGCAGUGAGUUAGUACAUUACAGUAAUAAAUCUGUGUCAAGUGAUUGCCCGGCGCGAUAUGUGGUUAGAUUUUUCCAGAAUGAGUCGUUGAAUGGCAGUGCCACUGUACUAAGCUGUCGCUCAGAAAGACAAACAGCG